CUUUGAUUUGUUCGCUCCAACUCUUGUGAAAUGCCAGCCACAAAUAACGGCUGGCCAACUUCUGAAGGUCGACUGACGAUAUAUAAGGGCAACUUGUGUUCACAAGUUGUUCACUGGACAGCAGAGGAGCUCUCAUCUGCAGGUUUUUCUCAGUCUGUUGUCUUCAACAUCUGACUUCUUCACCAAGAUGCUGCCCCUGUCUUUACUUUUGUGUGCCAUUGUGGCGCUGGCAACAGCUCAGAACCGCAACCACACUAGAUUGCUGGCAGCAGCCGGUUGUCCAGCUGGCUGGACCCAACACAAGAACAGCUGUUUCUACUUUGAUGCGACAGUCUUGACCUGGGUUCAGGCCGAGGCGCGUUGCCAGCACAUCGGAGGGAACCUCGCAUCUGUAGUGAGCGAUGACGAAUAUGCAUUCAUUCAGACGCUGACUCAGAAUCCCACGUGGCUCGGAGGCUCAGAUUGUCAAACGCCCGGGGCCUGGUUUUGGAUCGAUGGUCAACAAAUGAAGUGGAGAUUCUGGUGUCCACUAAAACCAGACAACUUGCUGUCACAGUGCUGCAUGCAGAUGAAUGCUGGCGGGGAUACAUGCUGGGACGAUGUGCCCUGUAGCUCCACCCUUCCGUUUGUGUGCGAGAGGACUCUUCCCAGGAAUCCAAUACGUCAUCUAGCAAGGGAGCACGUGCCUGGACUGAUACCUCAGGAUGACGGACUGAUACGUCAGGAUGACGAACUGAUGCUGGGCGCCAUUGUUUGAGAUGGAACCUAUUCAUACUUUCAUAUGUUGAGCAGAAAUAAAAUCUGAAGCUUUUCAAACAAA